UAUUAUUUGUGGGACAGGUUUGAGAGCACAGAGCAGCAGCAGGGGGGGGUCAUCUCUGGAGUCCUCUUCAGCUACAGUGUCAGUCCAUAAACAAGGGGGAGCAUGUCUGCAGCGGCUCUUAGUCUGAUCCGCUGCCGGAGACUGAGCACCGCUGGGCCCGGGGUCAAGAGGGCGCUGCAGUGGAGAGAUCUGAGGAAGGUUGCUAAAGUAACUGGAGCGGUGGUUUUAGGGGGCUGUCUUUUUAUCACGUACGAGGUCGUAGCCUUGGACAAGGCCGUGACCAUCGACACGAGUGCCAUUUAUAAAGAGAAGUACAAGUCCUACAUUUAUCUGAGAGCCUCGCCCUCUGAUGAGAAGGACAAUCUCACUGCAGGGCUUACGAACAAAGCCAGGCGGGAGCUUCACAAAGCAGCACGGCGGUUUAUGGAAAUGUCUUCUAGACUUUUGCUGCAUUCCGUAGAUGAGCACUUUAGCCAUGUAGAUGCAGACCCACAUGAGGUGGCAUUAUGGGUCCUGCUGAAGAGGACACAGUCGGCCACUACAGCCGUCAGACAACAGGCUGUACAGGAGCUUGCGGAUAAUCACAACUGGCAUGACUACCAGUAUCGUACAGCAGCCCAGGUUAUAGACCAGCGAACAGCAGUGGGCCUGGCCCGGACUCCUCAGGUGGACCAGAGAUUCUUCCUGCCCCCACCUGUGCUACCAGACCUGGAAGAUCGUUUGUCAGAAGAAGAUGGACUGAGGCAGCUGCUGGCGUCUUUGCCUCUAUCUGAGGUGGACAAAUGUGUUCAGUACUUCACUUCACUGGCCCUCAGAGAGAGCACUCAGUCCAUGGCAGCGCAGCGGGGUGGUCUUUGGUGUUUUGGAGGCAACGGGCUCCCCUACGCCCAGAGCCUCACCUCCGUCCCCUCAGAGAAGGUGGAAUCCUUCUGUCUACAAGCACUGGUGCAGCAUUCAAAGGUCCAGAGCCACUGUGACCACAUAGUGGCCAACGGGGGCUUGCAGCUCCUCCAGAGGGUUUAUCAGCUCCGUAGAGACUCCCUGAAGAUUCAGAGGAACAUUGUUCGAAUUAUUGGAAACUUGGCGCUCAAUGAGAGCGUUCACCAGGCCAUAGCCCAGUCUGGCUGGGUGUCUGUCCUGGCUGAGAUGAUGCACUCUCCUCACGUCAUGCAGGCGUCUCAUGCAGCUCGCGCUCUGGCCAACCUAGAUAGGGAGACUGUAAAAGAGAAAUACCAAGAUGGCGUCUACAUCCUCCAUCCACAAACACGUGGCAAUGAGCCAAUCAAAGCAGACGUGCUGUUCAUCCAUGGGAUUCUAGGGGCAGCUUUCAAGACGUGGAGGCAGAAGGACCGCAGCAUGUCGGAGGAGGAGAAGGAGGCGGGAAGCUGGGACGACUACACUGAGUGCUGGCCAAAGGCAUGGUUGGCUGCUGACUGUCCAAAUCUGAGAGUCCUGUCCGUGGAGUAUGACAGUCACCUCAGUGACUGGAUGGCCAAGUGUCCUGCUGAGAAUCAGAGGAAGUCUUUGGCCUACAGAAGUCAAGAGCUGCUAAAGAAGUUAAAGCUGGCAGGGGUUGGAGAGAGGCCUGUGGUCUGGGUAGCCCACAGUAUGGGAGGGUUACUUGUGAAGAAAAUGCUGCUGGAUGCCUCAGAGGACCCUGAGAUGCAUGGGCUGUUAAAAAACACCAAGGGCGUUAUGUUCUAUAGUGUUCCUCACCAUGGCACUUUCAUGGCUGAAUACUCCGUCAAUGUCAGAUAUCUCCUCUUUCCCUCCGUAGAAGUUAGAGAACUUUGUAAAGACUCCCCAGCUCUGCGGAACCUGAACGAGAACUUCUUGAACAUUGCCAAGGAGAAGGAAUUCAACGUGCUGAGCUUUGCAGAGACGCUUCCAACAAACAUUGGUCCCAUGAUCAAGAUACUGGUGGUGCCAUCACAGUCAGCAAAUCUUGGCAUCGGGGAGCUCAUCGAGGUCGAUGUAGAUCAUCUCAAUAUCUGCAAGCCAGAGAAGAAGGACUCCUUCCUGUACAAACGCAGCCUCCAGUUUAUCCAGGAAGCACUGCAGAGCUACCUCAGCCACUGACUGAAACAGUGUGUUAACACUGAUGCUACCUACUGUAUACUUGAAAUGGGGAUAGCACUCACACGCUCCAACACCCCAAGACACAUGGAAACACAACUGCCUCUCCUCAUUGUUGCACACUUAUAUACUGACUACUUUGAUCUUGGUAUAAUUAGAAAAAUGAAAACUAUUUUACACAUUGAUAGCUAUGAAGAGUUGUCAGUUGUGAUGAUAGUUUAUUGUUGUAUUCUCGUAAGAUCUAAGUCGGAUGAAUUGUAAGGAUCCGUCUGAACUUUUAACAGCAAUUUAAAAUGUUAAAUAAGUUCAGAUAAUACAUUUUUUGUUUUAAUCUCGGCAAUUAAACCCUAACUUUACACUGACAUGUCGUUGCCACUAAUGCCUGUCACAUUUUUGACUGAGGCCAUGGUUUAAGAUUUAUUUUUAUAUUUAUAUUUUAUCAUAACAGUAGUGUGUGAUUCAUAUUUUGUGCCAAAACAUAUUCCUCAGUGAGCCUUACUCCAAAUUGACCUGUGUGCAUAUUAGUUCAGACUGUUUUGUUUAUUUUCAUGAGACUAAUCCAGAACAAAUUUAUUUAACUCCAUGUGUUUGUAGUCUGUCGCAAUACAGAAUGAAUAAAUGCAUUGAGUUGGAGGCUUUUUGGACUCCUUUACA